AUGUCUAGCAAACGAGCAAAGGGAAAGACCACGAAGAAGCGCCCUCAGCGCGCAACUUCCAAUGUCUUUGCUAUGUUUGACCAGUCACAAAUCCAGGAGUUCAAAGAGGCCUUUAACAUGAUUGAUCAGAACCGUGAUGGCUUUGUAGACAAGGAAGAUCUGCAUGACAUGCUGGCAUCUCUGGGCAAGAACCCGACAGAAGAGUAUUUGGAGGCAAUGAUGAAUGAAGCUCCUGGGCCCAUUAACUUUACAAUGUUCCUCACCAUGUUUGGAGAGAAGCUGAAUGGCACUGACCCAGAGGAUGUCAUCCGCAACGCCUUUGCCUGCUUUGAUGAGGAAGGGACUGGUUUUAUCCAAGAAGACUACCUGCGUGAGCUUCUGACGACGAUGGGCGACCGUUUCACAGACGAAGAAGUUGAUGAGCUCUUCAGGGAGGCACCCAUUGACAAGAAGAACAACUUCAACUAUGUGGAGUUCACACGUAUCCUCAAACAUGGAGCCAAAGACAAGGACGAUUAAGCACAAACCUCCGUACAUCAUCAGCCCUUCCACUUUUAAUCCCCUUCUCAACUAGAGAAGCCUUGUCUAAUGUUUAUGGAGCCCUUCUGAAAAGCUGCCACUGACUCUGCAGUGUGUUGUGUAUGUUUGAGUUAAAGUUACACCCGGAAGGUGGAAAAUUAGUUAGAAGACCAAAUCACUAAACUUAUCAUGAUCAGUGUUUUUUUUUUUUUUUUUUUUUUUUUUUUUUUUUUUUUUAAGAAAGAAAUAUGCCACUGAUGGAAGUGUUUUGUGUGGGGACAAUGCACGGUUAGGUUCAUUGGUGUAUGUGUUAUUCAGUGUGGUUGGCUGAUCUGUGGUUCACUUCAGACUCAUUCACUUUCAAACCAUAUUUAUAUAUUGGGUUAGGCUUUGUCUGUGAAAUGUUGAAGGUUUGGUAUACGUGCUGUUAAUCAAUAUGUGUGGAUUACAUUCACUUAAGAUGUUUCUUCUCUCAACCGAGUGUACCUUUGAUUUGAAUCGGCUGACACAUGCAUUUACCAGUUGCAGGUCUUGAAGAGGGCCUAUAUCUCAGUGCUUUAAAACUCAAAAUGUGAAGCAGUGGUGAGAUGCAACAGGCACCUUUGCUGUUAUGGCCUGAUCUAGCAGGAUUUUUACAUUUUGUAAUAAGUAUGAAAUUUUUGAAUAAAUUACUCAAAUCCUUGUACCAUC